GAAUCAUCCCCUGCACCUUUCUUUAUUUCCUACCAGUAAUUACUACUUGUAUCUUCUUUUCUCCGACAGCCUUGCUCUUACAAAUGCUGCAUCUCUCUAUGCGUUUCCUAGCGCUCAUAAUUAAGCCAACUUGUCUUGCUAAUCACAAACUUUUUAGAUAAAGGGAAGUUUAUUUCAUCAAGCAAAAUGAAAAAUAUCCCGAUCUCAACAUCGUGAGAUGCUUGUGACCAUACAAAUAAUAUUACAAAGUUUUACCAAUCUUUAGCCCUUGAAAUUCAAUCAUCGCACGCGCGCGAUGAUGUUGAUACAGAGACAAAUGCUGUUCUUGGAGCUCCUCCUGACCUCUACUAGAUAGCUAGCUCAGCCGACGUUUAUGCAGCUCUGAACUUGCACAUGCCUAGAGUAGAAUGAAAUAUUCUGGAAGGGCGACGACAUCACAACUGCAUCAUUUUGUAAGCAUGAGAGUAAAAUGGUCUAAUGGAGGGUACGCGUGUUGCUGAAUGCAGUCCAAGCGGUCUCUCUGAAGGUUCGAACCACAAACAACCAUCCAACCGCAGGGCUACGUCGGUACCUCGAGUCGCCAGGCUCGCAAAACCUGCAACAAGCAAGCCAGCGGAUCGCGUGCCUUCCCCACUGCACCACCAUGCUGCUGGUGCUGCCACCCCUCUCAACAGAUCCACGGCGUCCAUCGACCUGCAGACGCCGACGACGACGACGAAGCCAUCGCCGGGAGGAGCGGCAGAUCGCCGAUCCUUCAAGGCGUCGCCGGCGUCGUCCCGCGUCAGCACUACCGAUAAACAACGACAGCCGAGGGCUGCGAGGACGUCAGAGCUGCAGGCGCAGCUGACCCUGGUGCAGGAGGACCUCAGGACCGCGAGGGAGCACCUGGCCUCCAUCGAGAAUGACAGGGCUCAGAUCCUCGAGGACCUCGCCGUCGCCAAGCGCCUCGCCGCCGACGCCCACGGGAAGCUGGAGGACUCGCUGCUCGCGCAGCGGCGGGCCGAGGAGGCGCUGGAGCUGGAGCGGUUCAAGUCCACGGAGCGCGAGCAAUCCGCCAUCGACCUGGCGCAGCGGACGGAGGGCGAGUGGCGGAGGAAGUACGACAGCGUCGCUCAUCGCCACGCCGAGGACGUCGCGUCGCUCGUCGCCACGGCCAGGGAGCUCGAGGCCGUCAGGGACGAGCUGUCGGCCACCGCGCAGGCCAAGGCCUCGGCUCUGAAACAGGCGGACGAGCUGCAGGAGAUCGCCAACGGCAACGCCAAGAAGGCGGAGGCCCUGACGGCCGAGGUGGCCCGGCUCAAAUCCCGCCUUGACACCGAGCUGGAGAACAAAGCCAAAGAAGCCGCGGAAGCCAUGGAGAAGCUGGAGUCUGAAGCUUCCGCGCUGAGGGCGGAGCUCUGGAAGGCCAAGGAGUUCGAGGAGAAGCUCGCCAAAGCGGAACAGGAGGUGGAGGGGCUCAUGGUCGACGUCGCGUACGCCAGGGGGGCCGAAGCGGACGCCAGCCGGUCGGUGGAGGAGUGGAAGAGCAAGGCGGAGUCGUUGGAGACUCGCCUCGAAGCCGCCUCGCAGCUGAGCAAACGCAACGAGGAGUCGCUCGCGUCACUGACCAACAGCUUUGAGGACCGCACGUCCAUGCUCCAGGACAAGCAGUCACAGCUCCUCCAGCUCGAAGCCAAGGUGACCGCCUUGGAGAAGGAAGCGAGUGAGUACAAGGAACGGUUCCUCGAGACCAGCAGGUGCCUCGACGUUGCAACAGAGGAGGCAUGCGAGCUACAUGCGGCCAUUGAUGGACUGAGAUCUGAACACCAGCUUCUGCACGAGGCUCGUCAGCAAGCCAUCGGCGCCGAGAAGACAGCCAGCGCGCAGGUCGGCCACCUCACCGAAGACAAGAACAGGCUGCUCAGGGAGCUUGCCGACACCAGAGAAGAGAAUGACAAGGUGAAGAAGGCUGUAGAGGAUUUAGCUGCCGCGCUGCGUGAAGUGUCGUCGGAGGCAAGAGAGGCCAAGGAAAGGGUGCUCGCGAAACAGGCAGAGCUAGACGAUGCCCGGCUUCAGAUGUCAGAGCUGAAGGCGGCGAUGAAGAAUGCAGAGGAAAAGAUUUCGAAGGAUGAUUGGGUAUCUAAAGAGGUUGGGUUUGUUGAUAUGUUCAAGAGAUCUGAUGAUGGAACAAGCUCCAUCCAGCUGGAAUUGAACAGGCUGACGGAGUCCCUGAGAGCUGCAGAGAACGAAGUGCAGGAGCUCAGAGCAGACAAGACGCAGCUGCUCAGUAAGCUGCAAGAACUCGAAGUCCAGGCAGCAGUGAACAAUGAAGAGGACGCGAAGGCAGAGAGCUCGCACCUCAAAGACCUGCUGACCUCCAAGGACAAGGAGCUGCUUGCUCUGAAUCAUGAGCUCACCGAGCUGCGACUAAGAGAGAGCGCCGCACUGGAAAAAGCUAGUGAGGUCUCUAAGUUGCUUGGAGAGAUGACAGCGAGAAAAACCGAGGAAGAAAGCACCGACAAGUCCAAGGCCCUGCAAAGCAAGCUGGAAAUGGACAAUGCGCUGGAAUCACUGAAAGCCGCGGAGGGCGAAGCGAAGGCUGCCAAGGAAGAGAAGAUGCAGCUGCAGAACAAGCUGAGGCUGCUCGAGUCCAAGAUCACCGAGGCCAACCUGACAUCGGAGGAGGCAAAGAUCAGCAGCCUAAGGUUGAAGGAGGCGCUGGAAGACAAGGAGCAGCAGCUGGCAAGCAUUGUGCAGGAGAACAAAGAGAUGCGAGCAAGAGAAGCGGCUGCUCACGCGAAGAUCGAUGAGCUCGCCGUGCUGCUAUCAGAAGCCACGGCCAGGAAUGGAGGAGAGUUAUCGAAUGGGGCGGCGGCGGAGGCGGUCACGAGGAGCCCAGAGAAGCAACCGAGCGUGCUCCUGAAGCUGAUCUGCUCGCCGAUGCAUCAUAAUGUCCGAGACGACGACAACAAUGGCGAGAUCAUCCAAAACCCAAAGGAGGAUAUCAAGCACGUCGAAGUGGAGACGAUCAGGCAGCUGGUGAAGCAUGAGCAGGAAAGCGGUGUAUCAGCAGUGGACGCCAACGCUUUGGAGAACAGCAAGAUCAUAGAGGACGACCUGUCCAAAGAGAGGGACGACGAUUCCGAGACGAGUGACGGUGACGAUGACGAUGUCGAGUCACCGGGGGACGAUGCGCUGGUGGAUCAGAUGAACGGACUGCUGAUCCAUGGCCCGACAUCAUCGUUCAACCGGGAUCAGCACGUCGUCCAGAAGAAGAAGAAAGCUCUGCUCAAGAAAUUCGGGAGCCUACUGAAGAAGAAAGCUCACUUCACUAAGCUGAGCAGUCACUCUCACUCCUAGCUACCGGCGGUUCAGACCCACGUGUCAGUGACAGCGGUUAUUAUGAGCCUAAAGGAGACGGCAUCUGAUCUGUAGUGGCCAGAGAUUCAAGACUCAAGAGAGCGACUUGCAAUCCAUUCCUUCCAAUUAGUUUCUUCUGUACUUUUAUGCUACACAUCCUUCAGCAAUUAUUCUUUGGUUGUUAAAAUGUCAACUCAAUUACUAUCAAAGUCUGUACCUGGCUGAAUGA